GCAGCGCAUCACAUCCCACAAUCAUCAGACCAGAAAAACAAAAGUCACACUCCUUAUCCCAAAGUCGAGCUAGAAAGAAAAAAAAUCCGGAGGAGGCGCAGAAAUCACAUCGCAUCCCCCCGGCGGCUUUGCGAUACACCACCAGGAGGCAAGAACAGCUGAAGACGAAGCCAAACUUACCACUGUUCUCCAGGAUAUCGCCGCAGAGCAGAGAACCCACGCCAAUAUCAUAUUCCUCCGGUUCCCGAGCUGCUCCUCACGACUACAGAUCACCCAAGCCUCAUCAUCAUUGCCAUUUAUUCCCGCACUUUGCUUCCGGGGGCAGGAACCGCAAGGACCCAACCACUUCUCUCGCCGUGCAGCUCACUGGUUCUUCACGAGCAGCACUAUCAAGGGAAAAUAUCGAAUCUUCCUGCUGUUCCUGUUUCUCCCUGCUGCUCUGAUCGGAGCCAUGAGCAGCACUCUGCUUCGAGUCUCCCCUUCCGAGCUCAAGAUCCCCUAUGAGGUCAAGAGGCAGCGAUCUUGCUGCAUGCAGCUGAUGAACAAGACCGACAAGUACGUGGCGUUCAAGGUGAAGACGACGAACCCGAGGAAGUACUCCGUGCGGCACAGCUGCGGAAUACUGCUGCCCCGGAGCUCCUGCAGUGUCACAGUCACGAUGCUGGCUCCCAAGGAGAUGCAACUGGAUUACCAUUGCAAGGACAAGUUCCUCGUGCAGAGUGCCGUGGCGCGAGAUGGGGCAACUAUGAGAGAUUUUGUACCUGAAUUGUUCACUAGGGCGCCGGGUAGGUUAAUCGAGGAGUUCAAGCUAAGGGUGGUCUACAUUGCUGCUAAUCCUCCCUCGCCUGUGCCCGAGGAGGCAGAGGAAGAGGAUGCAGCCCCUGCGUUAGAGGAGAUUGGCUAUGAAGCGAAAAAGUCAUCAGCGUUCGAUGUUGAAUCUAGACUAAGAUCUGUAGAUAAUUCUGAACCCAAGCUUUCAUGCACCGAGGGUGCCUCUUUAGCAUCAACCCUUGUUGGAGACAGAUUACAUAAAGUACAUGACAAUCCCAAGUUUGAGCAAGAUAUGGAACUACUAAGUGAAGCAAGAUCAUCUCAACAGGGUUUCUCAGUAAUGUUUGUGCUAUUCGUCUUCAUGUCAUCUGUCUUCAUUGGACACUUGAUGAAGCACAUAAAGGUUUAACCACAUAAAUAUACUGUAAAAAAAGGAACUGAUCUUCACCUGAACUUCAAUACAAGCAUAGAUCCUCUCCCUGUCACACAGGGUACACAUGUAGAACUGUAAUUCUGUGAAGGGAUCCUGAAGUUGGUGAAUCUGUACAUAGAAAGACAGCACCCAUCAUGUUCAUGUAUAUAUAUGGUUUUUAUCAGUUGCA